UCUCUCUCUGUGUUUAAUAAUUUAGAUCGAGAAACGUGUUUCCCUUGUUCGAAUCUGACAGUAAACCCUAAGCCAGCGUCUUCCAACUCCCUUUCGACCUUCGCCGCCAAUCGACGCCGCCAUGCAGGCGACAACGGCAGCUCACGGCUACCACCUCUUCUCUCCGUUCUCCUCACCUUCGUUCUCCAUCUCCCUUCCCUUCGCGAAAACGUCCACAAUUCGGCUUCGAAAUCCGGCAGCUGCCGCCGUCCGCAUGAGCCUCCGGGAGGACGGGCCCUCCGUGGCGGUUGUGGGUGUCACGGGGGCUGUAGGUCAGGAGUUCCUUAGCGUCCUGUCUGACCGCGACUUCCCCUACCGGAACAUCCGCCUCCUCGCCAGUCGCCGCUCCGCUGGGAAGCAGCUUACCUUUGAGGACCGGAACUAUACGGUGGAGGAGCUUCGACCAGAGAGCUUUGACGGGAUUGACAUUGCUCUCUUCAGUGCAGGUGGAUCGAUCAGCAAGGAGUUCGGUCCGGUGGCUGUCGAGAGGGGCUCUAUCGUGGUGGAUAAUAGCUCGGCGUUUCGGAUGGAUCCUGAGGUGCCUCUUGUUAUCCCGGAGGUGAACUCCGAGGCAAUGGCCCAUAUAAAGAUCAAAGGAAGGUCUGGGAAAGGAGCGCUCAUUGCUAAUCCUAAUUGUUCGACCAUUAUUUGUCUCAUGGCUGCUACGCCACUGCAUCGCCAUGCCAAGGUCGUUAGGAUGGUUGUCAGCACCUAUCAAGCAGCUAGUGGUGCAGGUGCUGCUGCCAUGGAGGAGUUGGUGCAGCAGACUCGUGAGGUCUUGGAUGGCAAAGAACCUACCUGUAAAAUCUUUAAGCAGCAGUAUGCUUUUAAUUUGUUCUCACACAAUGCAGCAGUUCUUUCUAAUGGAUAUAAUGAGGAAGAAAUGAAACUAGUGAAGGAAACACGCAAAAUUUGGAAUGACAAGAAUGUCAAAGUAUCUGCAACUUGCAUUCGAGUUCCUGUGAUGCGUGCACAUGCAGAAAGUGUGAAUCUUCAAUUUGAGAAGCCUCUCAGUGAGGAUACUGCUAGGCACAUUCUGGAGGGGGCCACUGGUUUGGUAGUUGUAGAUGACCGAGAUUCCAAUCGUUUCCCUACACCUUUGGAUGUAUCAAGCAAAGACGAUGUUGCAGUAGGACGUAUACGUCAGGAUCUGUCUCAAGAUGGCAAUCUCGGAUUGGACUUGUUUGUCUGCGGAGAUCAAAUCCGCAAGGGUGCAGCUCUAAAUGCUAUCCAGAUUGCAGAAAAGCUGUUGUAGACGUGCCUGUUCAUUUUACCUGAUGUUUAGGCAUUUCCUUUGAUGCGUCUUAGUGGAGGAUGGUAGCAUCAUUUUCUCCCCUCAGCUUGAGUCAAUUUAUGUUUAAUUUAAUUACUUUAUAGUAAAUGCUAUCCAGAUUGCAGAAAAGUUAUUGUAGAGGUGCCUGUUCAUUUAACUUGAUGGAGAGGGAUGGUAGCAUUUUUGUUUUUUUUGCUUUAACCCAGAUUGAGUUUAUUUAUCUUUAAUUUAAUUACGUUGUGGAGAAAGCCAAUAUUGUGAUAUAAGACAAUAAACUUCUUUUUUUUUGCCUUCUA